AUGUUCUCUCGCAUCUCCGUCGUUGCUUUCUACGCCUUGUUCGCGUUCACAAUCCUUGCUGCCGCCAUCCCGGGAGGAAAGCCCACCACUACCACCCCGCCGGUCACCACCACGGUCACUGUCACCGCGGUAAGCACGCAACCACCUGGGACUACUACGACCGAACCCGCUAGUAGCUGCUCCACUGGCUCGCUUCAAUGUUGCGACAGCACUGAGACGGCUGGUUCCUCUGCUGGUUCCCUCCUCCUUGGUCUCCUUGGAAUCGUCGUCGAGGACCUUAGCGUCUUACUUGGUCUUGGUUGCUCCCCCAUCACCGUCAUUGGCCUUGGGAACAGCGGCUGCUCUGCUCAGGCUGUCUGCUGCGAGGAUAAUGCUGUUGGCGGAUUGAUCUCGAUUGGUUGCAUUCCUGUCGUCCUCUAG